AACAGCAUCACACAGACCGAGGCGACCUCUAUACCGACGCCAAGUAUUGAGUUGGAUCAAUUCACAGCCCGCCAUAAUCUUUUAGUAUUCGACACUGUUUGCUGUAAACAAAUAUUUGUUGAUUGAAAAUAUCACAAUAGAAAUGUCUGACGAUGGAUCAACUGCAGUUGAGAAGAAGGGAAGAGGUCGGCCUAAAGCAAAUGGAACACAAGCUGAAGCAAAAGGAGAUUUAAAGAAAAGAGGAAGACCAGCUGCUCCUGCAAAAGUAAAAGAGUCUAAAAAUUCUUCAGAUGAAGAACAGGCACCAGUAGCCAAAAGAGGUCGAGGAAGACCUAAAGGAUCUAAAAAAAAGGCAGCUGCACCUAAAGCUAAGUCUUCAUCAGGAGAAGGAAGAGCGAGAGGGCGACCACGUAAAGAUGCAGCUCCACCUAAGAAAGAUACUGCAUCAUCUGAAGAGGAACAGGAUGAUGAAGAAGAAGAGGAAGGCUCAGACGAGUAAAGCAUUUAAGAGUCUAAUGUCACUCAUUUUAGUGUAAUUUGUUUGUCAUGGAUAACUCUGCCUGGAUAACAAUUUCAUGAAUAUUUACAUUGCAGAUAAUGUCAGCAAGUCAUUCGGAUAAAUCUAAGGGGUUAUCUAGACAGUACAAAAAUCUCAGCUAAAUCACAAUUCAAUUCAUGUGAAAUUGUAUAUUUUAUAAAAUAUAAAGAGUAACAGACUUUCUUUUUUAAGUAUUUUGACCAUAGCAUUUAAUGAAAAUUAAGGGCAAUUUUACAUGAAUUGAGUUAGAUCCAGCUCUCCUUAGAACGUACAAGUUUAAGAUUUAUUUGUAAGAUCAUUUUUUAGAUUUAUUCUUAUUAAUAAUAUAUUAGGUAUUUGUAAUCUCUUCAUUUGUAAUGUAAGAAAAAAUACAUUUUUGUAGAUUUACUGAUUUGACCCGAAUGUCGAGUAUUAUUUUC